GCAACGUUUUGCGCAUUGAAAUGUGCCCAGACAUGGUAUAAUUCCUGCCUCUUUACGAACAGCAAACUCUGGGAUGUUUUUUUUUUUUUUGCGGAGGCCGGCCCCUGAAGUGGGAGUGGUACAAACAGAAAUCCUUUUUGUAAAUCAGUCUUCGCAAACACGACGGGGUCUUAUUGUUAGGCCAUCUUGUCCAUUGUUUUAAACACACAGGCUGAAAAUGGCGCAGCAGUUUGUAGAGAGUCAAAUAAAAGGAGACAAGGUGAUUUUGUUCAUGAAGCCUACGUGCUCUUUUUGUGUAUUGGCGAAGGACGUGUUGUCAAAGUACAAAUUUAAAGAAGGCCAUCUGGAGUUCAUCGACAUCAGCAAGCGAAAGGACAUGGGCUGCAUCCAGGAUUACUUCCUGGAGAAAACUGGAGCCAGGACCGUACCCCGUGUGUUCAUUGGGGAGGAGUGCAUUGGGGGUGGCAGUGACGUGGAUGGUCUGGACAGGAGUGGCAAGUUACAGGAAAUGCUGGAGGCAAUCGGAGCCUUGCAGUGAUGAACACAUAUGCUUGGCCCCAUCGUUUCUAGACAGAGAGCUGAAAAGGCACAGCGUCACAUGAUUUGGAUGGAUUGAGGAAGGCUGUUGAGUGCCGGCACUUUGGAUUCUCCAGACAAGCUCAAAGCCAGGAAGAGGCGAAAUCGAGAGACAGGUGGUAAUACCUGUGCAAUACUGGAGCAACAGAACCCACAGCCACCGAGAAUGACUGCAAACACGCAAGGGAAAUGUAUACACUCCAUUUUAAACAUGCGGGCUUUCUGUAUAAAUUUGGACUAUUUUGUUUUUUAAAUAUGUGUUUCCUGGUUUUACACUGUGCUUAAAUUAGUACCGCUGUAACUCAGUUCAAAGUGUACAGGUUUUUUUGCAUUCAGAUCUUCUUGCAGAGUUAAAUAUAUUUUUGCAAGGGAUUACACACAUUU